AUGACGAAAAAAACGUCAGGAAUGGGCCAUUACACGGGCACCUCAUCCGGGCACGUGGGAUCAACGGGUGGGUUGAGUAGCUUCUCCACCGGUGGAACCGGUGGUGUGGAAACCCCAGAAAAGCAGUCCUCAUCAGCCACCGGUGCAUCUGGUGGACAGCAGCACCUUCACCACACCGAUGCCGGUCUCGGUGGUAAAGGCACAGUCCAGGACCAACGCCAUCAUCAACAACAUCAUCAUCACCAUCAGUCACAGCACCAUGCGCACCGUCAACAUCACCAGCAUCAUUUGCAGCAACAGCAGUCCGGUGGCAAUGGCCGGGACAAACACACCGUACACUGGUUCCGCAAGGGUUUACGACUGCACGAUAAUCCGGCCUUGCGCGAAGGACUACGCGGGGCCAGGACGUUCCGGUGCGUUUUCAUCAUCGAUCCCUGGUUCGCGGGCAGCUCCAACGUCGGGAUUAACAAGUGGAGGUUUCUGCUGCAGUGUUUGGACGAUUUAGACCGUAACCUGCGAAAGCUCAAUUCGCGCCUCUUCGUCAUCCGCGGGCAGCCAGCGGACGCACUACCAAAGCUCUUCAAGGAAUGGGGCACAUCCUGCCUGACGUUCGAGGAGGACCCUGAGCCGUUUGGGCGCGUGCGCGAUCACAACAUCUCCGAGAUGUGCAAGGAGCUCGGCAUCGAGGUCAUUUCGGCGGCUUCGCACACGCUGUACAAUCUGGAAAGAAUUAUUGACAAGAACGGAGGUCGUGCGCCACUGACGUAUCAUCAGUUCCAAGCCAUAAUCGCCUCGAUGGACGCACCACCUCAGCCCGAAGCUGCGAUCACGUUGGAUGUGAUUGGGAACGCUACCACGCCGCAGUAUGACGAUCACGACGACAAGUACGGUGUGCCAACGCUGGAAGAGCUCGGUUUCGAGACGGAAGCACUCCGACCACCGGUCUGGAUCGGUGGCGAAACGGAAGCCCUUGCUCGGCUCGAACGUCACCUCGAACGAAAGGCAUGGGUGGCGUCCUUUGGACGGCCCAAAAUGACGCCCCAAUCACUGCUCGCUAGUCAAACGGGACUUUCGCCAUAUCUGCGCUUCGGAUGUCUCAGUACGCGGCUGUUCUACUACCAGCUGACGGAUCUGUACAAGAAAAUCAAAAAAGCGUGCCCUCCGCUGUCCCUUCACGGGCAGCUGUUGUGGCGCGAGUUUUUCUACUGUGCCGCCACCAAGAACCCGACCUUCGACAAGAUGGCCGGUAAUCCGAUUUGCGUGCAGAUCCCCUGGGAUCGUAAUGCGGAAGCACUGGCCAAGUGGGCCAGCGGACAGACCGGGUUUCCAUGGAUUGACGCGAUCAUGACGCAGCUGCGCGAGGAAGGCUGGAUACAUCAUUUGGCGCGGCACGCCGUGGCGUGCUUUCUGACACGGGGUGACUUGUGGAUAUCCUGGGAGGAGGGUAUGAAGGUGUUCGAGGAGUUGCUGCUGGACGCCGACUGGUCGGUCAACGCCGGCAUGUGGAUGUGGCUUUCGUGCUCGUCCUUUUUCCAGCAGUUCUUUCACUGUUACUGUCCGGUGAAGUUUGGCCGCAAGGCUGACCCAAACGGGGACUACAUACGGCGGUACCUGCCGGUGUUGAAGAAUUUCCCAACACGCUUCAUCCACGAGCCCUGGAAUGCGUCGGAUAGCGUGCAACGAGCGGCCAAAUGUCUCAUCGGCAAGGACUACCCACUGCCGAUGGUGAACCACGCGAUCGCAUCCCGUGCCAACAUGGAACGCAUCAAGCAGGUGUACCAGCAUCUCGCAAAGUACCGCACCCCAACGGGAGGCUGUUACGAGGGUGAUUGUGGCGAAAAGGGUGGUUCCGCCAUCGCGGGUGUCAUGACAGCGGCCAAGGUGCAGCACAUGAACACGAGCAGCAUGAACGAUAGCCCUAGCCCAACGACGAUAUUGACCAGCGUGAACAGCUCGGGUAACUACAUGUGCCGCAGCAAUCCGUCCGCACAAAGCGAUCCCAACGGGAAGGUGAUCACGUACCAUCCACUGUUAACCUUACCGGAUGGGCGGACUGUUCCCGGUGGCAAUGGUAGUGGCAUCCGGCGAUCAGCUGCUCUAACGGGUGGCAAAAAAUCCAUCGACGGAUCUGAUGGGCUCGUGCAUCUGGGACCCGGAAAGGAUGCUAACGUUGAUCUACAGCAGCAGGCGCAACAGCAACGCCAUCAGCAACAGCAGCAGCAACAGCAGCAAGCUCAGCAACAGCCCGAGAUGAACCAGCAGUCACAGCAGGAAAAUAACCGGCCUCUUGUGACUGGUGAUGAUGAUCAGCAUUACGGCAACUUACCUGUGGCUGAGUACGCGGCAAUCAAACCGGACAGCCUGAGUUCGCUCAUGCGCACCGGUAACCUAACGGCCGUUGGUACGCGGUUCUCCAAUCUGCAGGAUCAGCUAAGCAACAGCCUCAUGUCACUCGAGUGUGACGUGAUGGCGGCGAAGCUGAAACCAAACAACUACGAGUUCGAGCGGAACCAGAACAUUUACAACAGCCAGUUCAAGGUGGAGUACAGUGACAACUUCAACUCCGGGUAUGGUUUGCGUAACGCCGUGUUUUACGGUGGCAAGCGCGAGGACGACAGCGAAGACGCCAAGGUGAACAGCAUCAACAACAACAGCAACCGCGAUGAUGACAGCACUGGUGAAGGAGUUGCGGAUAACGACGCUAACGAAGACGAUGAGUCCCCAAUGACGUCUCUCGAAGACACGGGAGUUCGCUCCGGUUCGCUGCUGUUUGCGGCUAACAAGACGAAGAUCAAGCAGGAAUCGUUGGUGCAAUCCUCGCGCAUGUUUCUCGAACCACCGAAGCACCUUCCUGGAUCGAAGGCGCAUUCCACCGACCAGGAAUCGAACGCGCAGGUUAAGAAGGAACAGUCGCAACACGCCUCGCAACCGCCACCGGCUCACUCGAUGCACACCGACUGUGAUUACGUUCCGGGGAGUCACAAAUUGCUGACCGGGAUGCACUGUACCGGUACGCAGUCCCAGCAGCAACCGAUUUCGAUUUUGGACAGCCAGGGUGAGUCGUCGCAGAUGGAUCAAGGAGCUGAUCAACCGAUGCAGGAGUCACCGAGCAGCGAAGAGAAGCUGAACGCCGCGGACUAAGUGGCACCGAUCUUUGGAAGGUUUUUGUUUCUACUUUGUGCUAAAUUGCAUCAUGUCCUGUAUUACGAAUGAUCUUCGCGAACAUUUUCCUACAACACGAACAUAUUGUGCUUUUGAGACAAGUCUUUAAUAAAAGGAACUAGUAUUGCU